CUGCUGAGAGCAGGCUGGCCGCAGUCGGAGCUCCGCACCGGGGGAAGCGGGUGUUUGGAGACUCUGCCGACCGCCACGAGGCAGCCGGAGGCGGGCCCGUUACCCGCCGGCUACGGGCAGCGAGCUGAGCGGCAGGAGAGGAAGAACGCCCGAACACCAUGAUCCCUCUGGAGAAGCCGGGCAGCGGCGGCUCCUCCUUGGCUGCCGCCUCAGGCUCCGGCCCGGCGAGUCGGAGUCAGAGCGCGCCGCGCCGGCUGCCGCCGCCCCAGACCCGCGGGCUGCUGACUGAGAUUCGCGCUGCGGUGCGUACCGAGCCCUUCCAGGACGGCUACACCUUGAGCCCUGGCCGGGAGCUGGGCAGGGGUAAGUUUGCAGUGGUGAGGAAAUGUAUAAAGAAAGAUUCUGGAAAAGAAUUUGCAGCCAAGUUCAUGAGAAAAAGAAGAAAAGGCCAAGACUGUCGGAUGGAAAUAAUUCAUGAGAUUGCUGUACUUGAACUAGCACAAGACAAUCCUUGGGUUAUUAACUUACACGAAGUUUAUGAAACUCCAUCAGAAAUGAUCUUGGUUCUGGAAUAUGCUGCUGGAGGUGAAAUCUUUGACCAGUGUGUUGCAGACAGAGAAGAAGCUUUUAAAGAAAAAGAUGUUCAAAGACUCAUGAGACAGAUUUUAGAAGGUGUCCACUUUUUACACACUCAUGAUGUAGUUCAUCUCGAUUUGAAGCCUCAGAAUAUUCUGCUGACAAAUGAAUCUCCAUUGGGUGACAUUAAGAUAGUUGAUUUUGGCCUUUCAAGAAUAAUGAAGAACAGUGAAGAACUCCGAGAAAUUAUGGGUACUCCUGAAUAUGUGGCUCCUGAAAUCCUUAGUUAUGAUCCUAUCAGCAUGGCAACAGAUAUGUGGAGCAUUGGCGUGUUAACAUAUGUCAUGCUUACAGGAAUAUCACCUUUCUUGGGUGAUAAUAAACAGGAAACAUUCUUGAACAUCUCACAGAUGAAUUUAAGUUAUUCUGAGGAAGAAUUUGAUAUUGUGUCUGAAUCCGCUAUUGAUUUCAUCAAGAGACUUUUAGUUAAGAAACCUGAAGAUCGAGCCACUGCUGAAGAAUGUCUAAAACACCCAUGGUUGACACAGAGCAGUAUUCAGGAUCCUUCUUGGAUGAAAGGGUCAUUAGAAGAAGCAAACGCCCUCCAAGAAGGUGAUUCUGUGCCUGAAAUUAAUGCCGAUACUGAGAAACCAGAAACUGAGGAAUCGCUUGUGACAGAGGAGUUAAUUGUAGUUGCUUCGUAUACUUUAGGACAAUGCAGACAGUCUGAAAAAGAGAAAAUGGAGCAAAAGGCCAUUUCCAAACGAUUCAAAUUUGAAGAACCUUUGCUACAAGAAAUUCCAGGAGAAUUUAUUUACUGAGCAGCAUUUCCCUUUAAAACUUUAAGAUUUCCACAUUGAAAACAUUAAUAUUAUUUAUGGACCUCUGGCCAAAUGGUACAUGUACUAGAAGUGGAUAUCAAAAUAUCACUGAUAAAAACAAAAAUAAUUUUGUUAAACUUGUGAAGUUAGAUCAAUCAAGCCAGAUUUAUAGAAGUUGCCAACGUGGAUGUUAACAGGUAAAGUUCUCUGUUUCAAUGUUAUUUUUAAGAAGGGAGAUGUUUGCACCUUUUAAUUCUACAUCCUGUUGCUCUACAAUGAGAAUUUGUGUACAAAAAUGUUUGUAUUCACUUUUCUUUAAAAAUCCAAGUAAAAGUGCCAAAAUUACAUUAUUCAUGUGUUUCUGUAUCUGUAUAUAUGUAUGUUCAUGACUCUACUAAAAUACUUUUUCAAUUGGGAUGGAGGGACAAGAUUUGAAUUUAAAUAGACAUCUUCUAAAUUGUUGAGACAUAGAAUACCAUCAUUAUGGUGUUUUGUCUUAUUUUUAUAUUUUAUUACUUUAUAUUGACCUGAUUUGGCUUCUCUGUUUUAUCCUAAUGUUUGUAACCUAUCAGGGGCUAUUUUCUUCUUUCUCUCUCUCUUCAACAUCACUAAUAAGAGCAGAGAUUUUUUUUUUUUUUUUUACCUCUGAGAUUAUUCUGGUUUCCAAGGUCUGGCUCGGUAAGCCACGAAUGUUAAGUGUCAUCUCUUCAGCCAUUCCCUUUGUUUUCACACCAUUCUCUUCUUCCCUCUCUCGCAGGCUGUGCCCCUGCCACCUCCUUGCCCCUCUCUUGUACUCAUCACUUAAUUUAGGGCACUCACAGGUAUCAAUGUGAUUUGAUCAGCACUUUGCUUGCUUUGGUCAGCAAAAAGAUAAUAUUGUAUUAUUUUGAUCCCAAAGUUAAUGAAAUUUCCUAGAAUAGAGGAAGGAAAGAUAUAAAGCAUGGUCAGACUGGUCACUGAGCCUCUACACCUGUUGAGCUUAUCAGCCCUCAAACUAUACCAGGAAAUAUUAUAAAAUGUCAAAAUAUCUAUAAACAUUUGCUUUUGUCCAUUUAAAAAAAAAAAAUGACAUUGGAUACACCUUGUCCCAAAGGACUUAACUUAGCUUGGGGAUGUAGCUCAGUGGUAAGAGUACAUGUGAGGUUCUGGGUUCAAUCCUCAAGACCAAAAAGGGGGAAAAAUCCAUAUGGGUAUGUAUAUAUGUAUGUAUGAAUACAUACACAAAACACAAUCGAUUAGACAUUUCAAUGGUAUCUAAACCCCAGCGUGAACAGUAAUUUCCUGUUCAAAAAAUGGAAAUGUACCUCGGGCAUGGUGGCACAUGCCCAUAACUCCAUCUUCUCAAAAACUGAGACAAAAAGAUCAUGUAAGCCCACAAGUUUGAGACCAGUCUGGGUAACAGAGCAAGACCUCAUCUCAAAAUAAGUAAUAAAAAUGAAUAAAAAAUGGAAAUGUAGAAGUAUAUGCUGUAUUACAUAAAGUAACUGAAUAUCCUCACACAAAAAAGUCUGAGUCCUUUUUUAUGUUUUCUUAGGCUGAGUGUUAAAUAUAUUAAUUCUCAUUAAUACAACUUGUCUGUCAUCUGUAUACCAUGAACACCAAGCCCACAUCUGUGUGCCACACUAGGAACAACUCAGAUGAAUCCCUUUAUAGUCUGAUUAGGGUGUCACACAAAGCUCUCUGCCUAGCCCUUCUCAAAUGUCAUGACAAUGGCAGCACCUAAGCUCCAAUUUUAAAAUAAUGUGCAGUGUACUAUGCUAGACAGUUAUACACUGUCAAUAAUCUCAUCCAGCUCGGCUGGGCAAACCUGCCAGAGCACCUGGUAUUGUGUACACAUCAUUGGAAUGAAAGUGAUUGGGUAGUUCAAACAGUUGCACUGUUUUUCUCACUUAAUUCACUUAAAUUUAUAAUUUCUUGGAAAGUAGCUUUUUACCUUCCAGUACUGAUAAUUGAACCCAGGGAUGCUCUACCACUGAGCUACGUCCCCAGCCUUUUUUAUUUUUUAUUUUGAGAAAGGGUGUCACUAAGUUCGCCAAGCUAACUUUGAAUUUAAUACCCCCUGCCUCAGCCUCCUUGGGUCUAUGGGAUUACAAGUGUGAACGACCAUGUACAUCUCCAAACAAGCUUAGUGAAAACCCAUGGUUACAAAGUUAAGACUCAUGUAAGUCUUGGGAGAAGUAAAACAUAGUUGGAGGCAAAUAUGUUUAAAUGUCUUUCAUAGAAAUAGGGAAUAUGUGACCCCCC